GGCACCAAGCAGUUCUCCUCGAAAACCUUGCAAGAAUGUUCAACUCAAAAGUGUUCGCGCUGUCUGCUGCUGCAGUGGCAAUGGCUGCGGGGUCUUCCUCUGCCUUCCAGAUCGGCAGUCAAGGCCGCGUCAUGUGGAAGAACAACUGCGACUACUUAGGCAGCGACUUAUAUUCCGUCCCCGGCAUCCCCGACGUCUGCGGAGACAUAUGCGCCGACGACUCGAAGUGUACUCACUGGAGCUGGACAUACUUCAACGGCGGCACCUGUUGGCUCAAGAACGGCAAGACGGCCACCACCUCGACAUACUGGGGCGGAGGCUGCGGGUACGUCAUUGACCGCUUCACGCGCUCCAAAUCGGACUCGGCCAACCAAAACGCAGAGCAAAAUGCAGACCAGAAUGCAGACCAAAAUGCUGAGCAGAACGCCGACCAGAAUGCAGACCAAAACGCCGACCAGAAUGCCGACCAGGCAUCGCAAACUGGUCAGGCUUCCCAAGCUUCUGGAUCUACGUCUUACGACAACGGACUGACGAGUGCCGAGACGUCGGAAAUGCUUGCCUCCAUCAACUCGUACCGUGCUCAGUAUGGACUUGCCGCUUUGACCAUCGACGCUCGACUCGUGGCUGCUGCCUACGUCCACUCGAAGGACCAGGCAGCGCAGUGCACCAUGGCACACGAGGGAUCGGACGGCUCAGAUCCUUGGGACCGAAUGGAAGACCAGGGAUACGAAUGGACAGUUGCAGCUGAGAACGUCGCUGCCGGCCAGACCAGCGUCGAGGCCGUCAUGACGUCUUGGUGGAAUUCUGCAGGCCACCGAGCCAACAUCCUUAAGGACGAUGUGACCAACGUCGGCUUCGCUUUGGCUUCCAACAGCGCCUGUAGUGAGUACGCGACGUACUGGACGCAGGACUUCGGCGCUCAGUAAGCUGCAAUCGACUGGAAU